UGUGUCAGAAGUAGUGAAAUUUUCCUAGUCACUGUUGCGCAGAACUCUCUUCAAUUCCCUGCAGAAGGGUGGGCUACCAAUUUUCAGCCUGAGAGAAGGUGUGCUAGAGCCUUGGGCUGGUCGUCUGCAAGGUGCAUCGACAGCAACUGGUGCUCAGCUCCGCACCCGUGCGGCGCAAACUUUCUGCAACUUUUCAAGCAAGAGGAAGGGGGAAACUGGGGGCACGUAGAGAGGAGGGGGCGGGAGGCAAGUGGGGCUAGAAGCGAAACCAAAGAUUGAGGCUAGCAUGAGGGCGGAUGCCCGCUGAGCCGCGGGCCUGAAAGGGAGCCAAUCGGGCAGCCCCGAAUGCUGCCAAUCAGACGACUCCCUCCAAUCCCACCCGUGCCAUUUCCAAAAUCUCGGUCCCACUGUGCAGCUCAAAUGUGGUGUUCGUUCUGCCAAUCGCUGGAGGACAGAGUGGGGAAAGGAAUAAGAGGAGUUAGGAGACAAGGACAAAAGAAGUUAAAGAGCGCUUAAUAUAUACAUGUUUUUGAAGGCAGGCAGAGGGGAAAAAAUAACAACAGUGAGGGUAUAUGGGCCUGAUUGUGUGGUACUGAUGGAGCCCCCUUUGAGCAAGAGGAAUCCGCCGGCGCUGAGAUUAGCAGAUUUGGCAGCGGCUCAGCCCCAUCCGCAUCAGAGUAUGACAGGCUUCCCCGGACUGGGGAGUCAACCCGCUCACUCCCACCACCACGCUGCAGCAGCAGCCGCCGCCGCCGCUGCAGCUCACCUACACCCCAGAGAUCUGGGGAGUGACCCCGGAGUAGCCCUCACUCCUUUCGGACCUGAGCACAUGGCUCAGGCAAACGCGCUCAAACUCAGCCCUCCCUCCCAGCCGCCUCCAGCGCACCCAGAAGCCCAGGCGGUAGCAGCUGCCACUGCCGCGUUUGCCUUGAAGUCCGGCGCGGGCAACUACCCCAGCGGUGGGGGCAGUACAGCGCAGUCUGCACCUCCUCCCCCAGCCCCUCCUCUUCCCUCCUCCUCUUCCCCUUCUCCCCCUCCCCCUCCCCUUCCUCCUCCUCCUCCUCCUCCUCCUUCUGCCCUCGCGGGCUACACCGCCACCAACAGUGGUGGCGGCGGCUGCGGCGGCGGCAGUGGCAGCAUUAGCGGCAGCAGCAAGACCAACAGCAGGGACUUCAUCCUCAGGAGGGAUCUUUCCACCACGGCCCCUGCUGCUGCCAUGCACGGGGCGCUUGGAGGGGAGCAGCAUUCCCGGGCAGGCUCCCCCCAGCACCCACCCCCGCCUCCCCAUUCUAGCAGCAUGUUUAUCUCCUCAACUGGAGCCUAUGCAGCGCCGGAUGGGUCUGGAGGAGGAGGCGGCGGGGGUCCUGCGCUGUUCCCUGGGCUGCAUGAGCCAUCUGGGGCCCCUGGGAGCCACCCCCACCCGCUGAAUGGCCAGAUGCGCCUGGGUCUGGCUGCGGCGGCCGCGGCGGCUGCGGAACUGUAUGGUCGUGCGGAGCCACCCUUUGGACCCCGCUCUGGAGAGUCCCACUACGGGGCAGCAGCGGCCGCGGCAGCAGCCGCAGCCGCUGCGGCAGCUUCCCUGCACAGCUACGGCUCCUUGAACUUAAACCUGAACCUGGCGGCGGCGGCGGCGGCGGCAGCAGUGGGGCACGGGCAUCACCAUCACCACCACCACCCUCCACCACCCGCACCUCCACCACCUCCGCCUCCUCCGCCUCCUCCUGCUCACCACCCCCACCAUCAUCACCCCCACCAUCCCGGGGCGGCAGCCGCAGCCGCUGCCGUGGCUGCAGGGGCCUUCCUCCGGUACAUGAGGCAGCCAAUCAAGCAGGAGCUGAUCUGCAAGUGGAUCGACCAGGAAGAGCUGCAGCAGCAGCAACAGCAGCAGCAGCAGCAUCCGCCGCCCCCUGCCUCUAAGCCUUGCUCCAAAACUUUCAGCACCAUGCACGAGCUGGUGAACCAUGUCACUGUGGAGCACGUGGGGGGCCCGGAGCAGAGCAGCCAUGUCUGCUACUGGGAGGACUGUCCCAGAGAAGGCAAACCCUUCAAGGCCAAGUACAAGCUCAUUAAUCACAUCCGUGUGCACACCGGAGAGAAGCCGUUCCCCUGCCCCUUUCCCGGCUGUGGGAAAGUCUUCGCCCGCUCAGAGAACCUCAAGAUUCACAAGCGCACUCAUACAGGGGAGAAGCCCUUUAAAUGUGAAUUUGAUGGAUGUGACCGAAAAUUUGCCAAUAGCAGUGACCGAAAGAAACAUUCCCAUGUCCAUACCAGUGAUAAGCCCUACUACUGUAAGAUUCGAGGCUGUGACAAAUCCUAUACACACCCUAGUUCUUUAAGGAAGCACAUGAAGAUCCAUUGCAAGUCUCCUCCACCUUCUCCAGGUGCCCUUGGUUACCCAUCAAUGGGGACCCCAAUAGGAGCCCCCUUGUCUCCUGUCCUGGACCCAGCCAGGAGCCGUUCUGCCACUCUUUCCCCUCAGGUCACCAAUCUCAAUGAGUGGUAUGUUUGUCAGGCCAGUGGAGCCCCAAACCACCUCCAUACACCUUCUAGCAAUGGAACCACUUCAGAAUCAGAAGAUGAAGAUAUUUAUGGAAACUCGGAUGCUGCAAGAACUAUUCACUAGAAAUAAUAAUACUAGUCAAAAUAAUAAUAAAAGUUUUCAUUAUGGAAGUCUUUGGACUAUUUUCCUGAACCGAGACAAUGUAGAGCCCGAAACAAACCGAUGGCUCAGAAAUGCCACCUGGUUUAACUAGCCCUAUUUAUUCUGUAUGAAACCCUAUGGUGUUUGUAUACUUAAUUUAAUUAAGAUACUUGGAACUUUUUUUUUCUUUAAAAAAAAAUUUACCAAGCUGGACUGACUUAGUGAACUAAGUUGUAUGUUGCAGGGGGAUAGGAGGUGGGGGCUAAUAUGCCCAAGGAAAUGAAUGGACAGACAGAUCAGUUUGUGGAAAUACACACUGCCAGUGUCAAUGCAAUAGUUCUUAUAAGGGAGGGAAAAAGUAUUGAGGAAAGACUGAGACUACAAGCUUAAGAAGGCCCUCUGCAUUUCCUGGAGUGCCUCUCAAAACCCUUUUGACACCAUUCUGUGGGCUGCUUUUCAGCCUAGUUAGGCCCUGAUUCUGCAAUGGCCUCUUGAUUGUAAACUACCAACUGCUGCAUUACCAACAGAGCUUGGACUGUACGAGUCCAAAAAAAAUUUGUAAGACCCUUCUUUAAGUUCUGAGAUUUUGUAAUUUUUUACUUUCUACUCUCUUGUCAUUGGCCUCUCCAUAACAUGGUAUUUUUAUAUGGAAUUAUUUCCUUGCUUCCCCAAUUGUGUGAUUUAAACAAAAAAGCAGCAACCUUAAUCUUAUCUCCAUAUUUUAUACUACUGUGAUCAUUCAAGCAAAUCUGGAGAAAAAGCUGCUGCUAUUUGACAAUUGUGAUACUGUGAUAUUUUAUAAAUUUUUAAGAAAUUCAAGUGCUUUCUUUCAUUUUGCUAAGUCUUUUUCUUUAACCUGGAAAAUCAGAUGCUGCCUCUUUAAUGUGUCCAAACCACUUGUGUAAUAAAUAGAAUAUGUUAUUAUGUUAGCAGUUCUUGGAGAUGCCAAGUUAACAGUCAAGUUUAAGAAGCUGCGAUGCUGGUGUUAUCUAUUUUUUUCUCCUGAAAGUUGUUUUUAAACAGACCAACUCCACUUUUAUACUCUUGUGUAUCAACCCUUUAAAAUGCUUUAUUUUUCCAAUGCCUAAAGCCCUAUUUGUAUUUUUUCCACCUGAACACUAAGCACACAAAACUCAUGCCAUUUGAAAAUGACAGUGUGUAGUGUGUGAUUUACAUUAAACGGGGGGGUGUUGUUAUAAAUAUUAAAAAAUUUAAAAGGUUUAUAGUUACAGCCAAACAGUGAUGAAUGUGUGGCCUUUGCCAUAGCUGUCAAGCUAGGAAAUAAAAGGUCAAGGACCUAGGACAAUAACUCUUAGUCAAUUUAUUUUCGGUUGGUACAACACAUUUCAUGUGCAAAAUGUUAGUCCAUCAUAAACAUCAUACAGAUACACUAAAGAGCACUAAUUUAUCCUCAGAGACCCUGAAGACAUUUCCUCCCCAGGGUUUAUAAAAAUUUGUUUUGUGUGCUGUGAGUGGUUGAUGUAGUCUUGUCGCUGUUAAUAACUUGUAUGUGAACACUAUUAUUUUGUACAGUUGAAUUAAUUUAUUUUCAGACACCAUCUUCCCUCACUCACCCCUAUUCCUACCCUCAUCCUGGAAGAGUACAAAGCACACCAAAGAGUUAUAUUAUAAAUUUUGGUGAAAGAUUGUCAUUUAUGAUUCCAUGGUUUGUAUAAAAAAGAAAAGAAAGUGAAAAUAUAUUUUUAAGAUUACUUGAAUGAAUAGCAUAAUGUGAAAAACAAGACUCUUCCUGCAUGUUUCCUUUGCAUUGUGUUGGUUAUAAAAUAAUAUAUAUAGUUUAUAGAUAUAUUAUAUGACUAGUACAGUGCAUGGUGCUGUAACUUUGGAAGCCUUUAAACAUUGUCUUCAGAUUGUUAUGGUGAAUAUAAAAGAUAAUCCCUGCUUUUAGGCAAAAAACAAAACUUGAAUAUAAAAUAAUUUAACACUUGCAAAGUUUAUUUGAUUUGCAUAUUCUCACAUCCCUUCCAAAUAAACAAAAUAAGAGUAAGGUGUGAAUUUUUGGAGGUUAAUUUAUGUUUUAUAAAAAACUGAAUAGGAUAAAAAUUUCUGACUUAUGUUUUAUUUAUAAUUUUUUUGACAAGUUUGCACUAUGCUUUAUUAUUCUAUAGAAUUGUUUAUUAUGAAAUGAAGGACUGUUACCAUUUUAUGUACUUUUCCAUACAUAGGAUUACUCAUUUCUUAGAUUUAUCAGUCCAUGAGACAUCCCCAAAUAAAAGAAUCUGUACCUCCAACAGAAAUCAAGCAAGAGUGAUUGUGAGGUUUAAAAAACAAUGACCUAAAUAAAGAGCAUUAUGUAUUGCCUAUGUUUUACAUAGCUGCA